GGGCCAGGAGGGCAGAUGGCAGUGCUGGUGGAUAAGCUGACGUUCCUCCAGCAGCUGCCACUUCUAUUAAAGGGGACCUCUGAUGAUGACACCCCCUGCCCCGGAUACCUGUAUGAGGAGAUGGCCAAGAUCUCGCACGAGUCCUCUGGAAGCUGCCAGUGCCUCCUGGAGUAUCUUCUGAACCGCCUGCAGAAUAACUCAUGUCAUGUCAAGUUGAAGGUGCUGAAGAUCCUGCUCUAUCUGUGUUCUCAUGGCUCCAACCAGAUCAUCCAAGAUCUCCGACGCAACGCGGUGUACAUACAGGAGGCUUCAGCUUUUAGUGGACCCCCGGACCCUCUUCAUGGUAUCAGCCUGUACCAGAAGGUACGGGCGGCCGGUCAGGAACUUGUGGGCAGCUUGUAUACAGAUCCCAGGCCUCGUCCUGCCAGUAUGGUGCCAAACAAGGAGAGGUGCCAGCCCGGAAUGGGGUCCCAGGUCUCCCGUUCCCAAGGCUUUGGCUAUUCCCAGGAGAAACAGAACUUUGGUACCCCCAGUGAAGCCCUGCUGAGCGGCAUACAUAGGGCAGCCAUAGCUGUGACCCAGAAAGUGCUGGUCGGAGCAGGGUCGCCGUCUUCCUGUCUCAGGGAUCAGGCGGAGGACACGUACAGGCCGGUGGCGGUACCCCUGGGUGAGAGAAGCCCAUCCGCAGGGAAGCCGCUGCCUCCAGCUGCUCACAGCAUCAGAGGCGGACACCGCUCAGGAGUCCCUGGGGGAGGAUGGGACGACAGUGAUAGCGGGCACAGCUCCCAGGACUCUUUACAAGACAAAUCCCCACGCAGCCUGUCCUCAGAUGCCGGCAGCAAGGCAGGCAGCGAUGGCCAGUCCCGCAGCAGCAACCGGGAGAACGCGGAGAUGUCUGAAAGGGUGGAGCCUGCCCAUCCAGGCGACUGUCUACAGGAGGCGCAGCUGGUUCUGAACAUCACCAGGGGACAAAAAGUCUUCCUCACCCAAGAGGAAGUGCAGCAUUUCGUCAGAGGGUGUUCACUGCUGAACUGUGAAGUCGUCUUCGAGAUGUUAAACCGUUCGCUGGAAGAUGACAGCGCGGGGGUCAAACUGGUGAGAAACCACAGUUUACAUUACUUUCGGUCUAUGUGCGCUAUCGCGUCCCUCAUGACCUCCGACCUUCUGUCACAUGACCACAUGCUGGCGGUAGUUAGGAAUAAUCUGAUGAAGCUGGGCCGAGGACCACCAGGACCAGUGAAGGACAAAGCCAGGAAGAUUCUUCUCCAGUUUGAAGCUUUAACCCAAACCUCUCCUAAGCAUGGGACUGUCCUCCAGUUACCCACCUUGCCGUCUACCCAACCCAACCCCUUGGACCUUCUAACAGACACCCUCCCUGAAACGGGCGUCGAAAAUCUACUGACCCCCUCGAGCAUCCCUACUUCCCCCAUUGCAGCGUCGGAUCCCACAAAACCUGCUUGCUGUGGACCUGUCGAGAACGGAGGCCAAAAUUCAGACGGCGGAGUUGUGGCCGCCAUCGAGAAGGAUGACCGCGUCCAGACUGAGGCCCAUGGGCGAUUUUCACUUUUUGAUGGCAUGGAGCUGGUGACGCCAGUAAGGAGACUUGGGAAGGAGGAUGGAGAAAUGACGAGUCAGAUGCCUUCUGAUACCAGCUCCGUGUGGGCGGAGUCACAGGAGAGGACUUGUAAGCCUGGCCUAUCAGCUUUCUCCUUCUUGAAUAGCCAGCCCAGGACGUAGCGCUGCAGAGGACGGUGGUGUCUGUGUCUGGUGACUACUGGUUUCUGCCUGUUGCUCUGCUGCGGCCAUUGACCGGGUGGAGAUACUGAAGUCAGGCGGCUGGACUGUCCGGCAGAAACCAGAGAACACUGACCCACCCAAGUACAAAGGGCUGUGUAUAAUUGGUGACGUACCGCGCAGACGCUGUCAAUAAAAUAUUUGGUACUGUGGAGUCCGAGGAGGAUUUCCGAGAACAGGCCCUCCAGAGGUUGCAAAACUACAACUUCCAUCAAGCCCAGACAGUAUACAGUUAUCAGGGCAUGCUGACAGUUGUAGUUUUGCAACAGCUGGAGGGCCACAGGUUUGACAUCCCUGUCCUAGAAGUUGAGGUUAAAAAAAAAUUAAGUGGGGUAUUCCCACCCUGGACAUUUAUGGCACAUUGAUAGGUGCGGGGCCCCACCUGUUAUCUCCAGAACGGGGCCCUGAUGUGAACGGAGAGCAAACCCUGGCUCUGGAACUUCAGAAAAUAGACAAGAGGUGAUUGGUGCGGUGGUCGCGCCUGCGCAGUGUGAUCUCUGUUUACUUCUAGGCCCCAAUCUGGAGGUGGGAACACAUGGCAAAAAAUUAAAAUUAAAUU